GAACGUCGCUACUUUUUUCUAAACUAACGGACGUUAAAACUGACUGGUGCGCGUGGGGAAAAAUAAUAUCCUUUCUUCGAAAAAAAGACUCUUUCUUAUGGAUAUUGGAAAUUUACUUGACAAAAAAAAAUAUGUGUACUUUGUUGUGGAUGUGGAAGUGAGAACAGUGAUACAGACCUCAGUGAAAGACAGUAAUGUGGCUUUAACAGCAGCGGCUGAACACUGAAGGCUAACGUUUGAUUUAUUCGGGCGGGAAAAAAAGCCUCUCGUAAACCGAAGGAAGAAAGAUGUGUUUUUCUCGUACAUGACCAGCUCGACGCAAGACUCGUAAAACUAGCAGGAAUGCUGGUUUUAGUGGAGUAAUUCGACAGAAACCCGGUGUGAGGAUGUACCUGUAGUGCUAUGUGGCUUUAUUAGUGAGUUUGAGAAAAGCUGUGUAACGCUACGUUUCCAUAGGGAAAAAUGGGAGAAGCAGAUUCACUGUCCUGGUAACUUUCAUCUCCAAAUGCAUGUCGACGCUUUCACUUCAACGCUGGAGAAGCUUAACAGGUCUCUUCCACCCAUGGAAAUGUUUCACAGCAGUGAAUGGCUGUGGAAUGAUUCAGAUCUAUCUCUCAGUCCAGGGGAAAACUCCAGCCUGGCUCUGGGUGUGGAGGAUGGGGUCAGGAACUACUAUGCCAUGCUCUAUUCACUGCUUAUCCUGGCUAUUGUGUUUGGCAAUGUGUUGGUGUGUUUGGCAGUGCUUCGAGAGAGGUCUCUCCAAACCACCACUAACUAUCUUGUGGUUAGUCUGGCAGUGGCUGACCUGCUGGUGGCUUCGCUGGUCAUGCCAUGGGCUGUCUAUUUGGAGGUGGUUGGUGGUGCUUGGCUCUUCAGCCGUCUGUACUGCAACAUCUUUGUGACCUUGGAUGUGAUGAUGUGUACUGCCAGCAUCCUCAACCUGUGUGCCAUCAGCAUUGACAGGUACACAGCCGUGGUGAUGCCUGUACUGUAUAACACAACGCACAGUUCUCGUAAAAGAGUGUCAGUCAUGAUUGCCACAGUGUGGGUACUGGCAUUUGCCGUCUCCUGUCCCUUACUGUUUGGCUUUAACACCACAGAUGACCCCUUAGUGUGCUCCAUUUCAAACCCGGAUUUUGUCAUCUACUCGUCGGUGGUGUCGUUUUACUUGCCUUUCGUGGUGACGCUACUUGUGUAUGUGCGCAUCUACAUCUUCCUCAGGAGGAGGAGGAAAAAGAUAACCUUCCGCCAGGCCAGCAGUGAAGUUCAACCAGGACCUGCACAGCCAUCUGCAGAGACUUGUUUGCAAGAGGAGGCUCGAAAAGAACGGCGUGACCUGUCUCCCAUCAGGAUCAAUGUGGUAAAUGAAAGCACAGAGAAGGUGGUUCGUCCAAGGCUCCUCCCUGGCUGCCUGCGACGUAAACGUCCUAGAACUGUCCCUGCCGAAAACUCUCUGCUGCCCCCAGUGGACAUGCAGAACUAUUGCAGUAUUAGCCAGGCCUCCUUUGCACGCACCGAACAGGAGCCCAACCGAGAAGAACAAGAGGGUGAAGAGGAAGACCAUGCAACUAUGAAGAGCUGUGAGGUGAAGGAAGUGUCUAACGGACGGACUCACACAACUCUUCGGCCAGCCUCUCGCAUCACAACACGCGCCAAUCAAGCCCGCUACAGGAGCAUGCAUUCCAGAGAGAAGAAAGCCACACAGAUGCUGGCUAUUGUACUCGGAGUUUUUCUCAUCUGCUGGCUACCCUUCUUUGUGACUCACAUCUUGAACACUCACUGCAGGAAGUGUCAUGUGCCACCCGAGCUUUAUAGCGCUUUCACCUGGCUGGGUUAUGUCAACAGUGCCCUCAACCCAGUCAUUUACACCACUUUCAACAUUGAGUUUCGCCGAGCCUUCAUUAAGAUCCUCACUUGUUGAUUUCGGACAUCAAGAGUCCAGUGACCUCUGCCACUUGGGAUACUGAAGCAUGAAUUGAAAAGCUUGAUGGGCAGUUUUUCAUGCAUCCAACAAGGUGCAUUACUUUUUCUGCAAGUGAACUUUGAACUGGGAAGUCAGGAGGGCACUGACUUAGCGAUAAUAAAAAGGAAUACAGAGCUCGACCCUUGAAUACAGACUCGACACUUGAAUGCCAGAACAGGGUCUGGAAGUGGUUUGAAUCACAUAUCAACAGAAUUUGAAGGCCUGAUCAUUAAUAAUCAGUCAAAGAAUCAUGGAUGUAUCUGGACUUUAUUCUGUUGCCACUUUCUGAGCAUCUCCUCUCAUUUCAGUGGUCUGUUUGGAGUGCCUCAUAUGUGUUUGCAUGCAUCUGUUAGUUUGGAGUUUGGCCUGUUUGAACAGAGAUGUCUGUGAAACCUUUGGGUCAUCGAACGUCAAAGGACAAGCAUCUGAAAAUUCUUGUGAUAAGGAAACCAGCUGGGGUAAGGGACCAUAACAUUUGGAAUGUGUUCUUAUUGUGAAUUAAAGCAAAAUUAAAUCUCUCUUAUGAGCUCUGUCCUCAUAAAUCUGAAUCAAUUUAAAGGGAGAAAAGCACGACCAAAUAAGAACAGGAUGGCUCAGUGGGAGACAAUACCCAGCGAAAGAAGGAUGAAAUGAGUGAGUGACUGAAUGAGGGAGAACAUUAAAUAGGAAGAAACCGGAGUGUGUAGAUUUUUUAAAAGGCCUUUAGUGGAGGGCUCAGCUGGAAAUCAGCAGCGCAGAUGGAUGUAGGUUGAUAGAGAAAGAGAGAGAGAGGAAAUGCAUGACUUGCUCAAGUGUGUCUUCAAAGAGAGCCAGCCUAACUUGUCUCACCACACUCGGAGAACCUAAAUGUGCAAUUGAGUGUUUUUGGUACUGAAGGAAUUACAAUGGGAGUGAUGGCAUCUGUCUUUUUCCACUUUCUGUAAUUACUAAUCCUUGUCGAAUGACAGCUAAUGAAUUCACUAUGACAUCCCUGUCACCCAGCUCCAUUCUUACCCUUUCUUUUUCUCUGUCCAACUCACUUCUUCACUGCAGCCUGACCCGGCUAAGCUCUUCCUCCACAGCUAAGCGUUUUGCAGACAAUGAGGCGCUGUCAGAGUGCUUAUCACAUUUGAGAAGGAUCUCUCUAAAAAGUAGUUUGCAUGUAUGCAUUUCUCUGCCAGUGUGGCUUUGAGAGGCAGUGAAGGCUAGGAGUGUUAUGUUACACUUAUUAAAAUGUAUUUAUUUUGAAAGGGGUCUUGCAAGGCAAUACAUGCUCUGAACCGAAUACAGUUAUAUUUUACAAAAUAGAUUGUGAUAUCACAAAUAUUUUCAUAUAUUCAACAGAACAUUUGUUGAUAUUAGAAAUGCUGACAUAAAAUAAUUUCCAUUGUUCUGUUAAAAAUAUGUUUGUAAAAAAGGCAACCAUGCACUACGUCUGAAACCUUUUAUGCUUUGUAUUUUUGUAUAACCCUUUACUGCAUGGUGUUGCCUUGUGGCAACAAUGGCUAAAACUCACAAGGCCCCCUACUCCCUAUGUAUUGCACUAUGUAGGUCAUGGCUUCUGCACUCAAACAGCACAUAAUACUGCCAAAACUACUUGCUCAUCUGCCUUCACUUGAACUUGAAUGACAUCCCAUUCUUAAUCCAUAGGGUUUAAUAUGAUGUCGGCCAACCAUUUGCAGCCAUAACAGUUUCAACCCUUCUUGGAAGGCUUUCCACAAAGUAUAGGAGUAUUUCCAAAAAAAUAGGAGUGUGUUUAUGGGAAUUUUUGACCAUUCUUCCAGAAGUGUAUUUGUGAGGUCAGACACUGAUGUUGGACGAGAAGGCCUGGCUUGCAGUCUCUGCUCUGAUUCAUCCCAAAGAUGUUCUAUCGGGUUGAAGUCAGGACUCUCACGUGUUGCGACUGUUUAAAUUCUGGCAAAUAAGUACAAGUUAUUUACACUAUAUUGCCAGAAUAUAUGCCAAGCUUUCCACAAGGUUUAAGCUUUAGAAUUUUUGACCCUUCUUCCAGAAGUGCAUUUGUGAGGUCAGGCACUGAUGUUGGAUGAGAAGGUCUGGCUCGCAGUCUCCACUCUAAUUUAAGGUUGGACUCUG